AUGCGGCCACCAGGUAGCGCCUUGGCGUGGGGACCCAAGGCGCGUGGGGAUGUGAACUUGCCAAGUAGGUACCUUCGGGCGGACCUACCACCUGAUUUAGCUUAUUGUUUCUGGGCUGGAAACCUGUAUCGCGAGUACCAAAUCCUGUCUUUCAUUAAUUUUCCUAUGUUCCUGUUAUAUUCUUGGCGUCAUUCAACACUAAGCAUUCCUCCUAUAACCAACUCUUGCCUGUAUUUUGUUGGGGGGAUUGGAUUGGGUGAUUCGUACCCUCUAUACCACCACGGCGCUGGUGGCGAGCGUUGGGUGGAAACUGAGCUUCGAAUCAACGGGUUCGACAUAAAACGCCACUGGAUAGCAGCACUGACAACAACCCCACUUGUGUUGAAUAAAAACUUAGUACCUCAUAUCCGAAAUGCAGGGGGUCAAGGAGUUUCUCUUGUGGCCUUGCCGGAGUACCACCUAACAGGUCUGGUAACUGAUUGUCCCGCAUUUGUCUCGCCUCGCUUCAAAAGCGUGGGACUAGGAUCCAAAAGCUUUGGGCAUCAGCCUGGCACACUCGUCACGACGGAUCCAAACUCACUGAUCCGAAAACGGCACGGCAGCAGCCGCUAUAGUGUCAUCAAAACACCCUUAGGCCAGGUGAGACUUGUGACUUUUCCGGAAGCGUUCCGUGCUGUGACCUGCCAGGGGGCACGGAUAAUAAUCAUACCCGGCUUUUGGUUGAACACAGAAAUAACAAUCGAAGCACGUAAAUGUAAUGAAGCCGUUGCUGAGAGGGCUUAUGGGGUUAGGGUAGAUAUUGCGAAGCCUGGUUGGCAUUACGGAGAUGGAUACAUUCCCCUAUAUGGAUUUGAAAUAUGCCUCAAUGAACAUUUUCAAACGCAACAGCCGGAAAAGCGCCACGCACGCUGA